AUGCCUACUACCACUAAUUCACCGGCUACUGCGACAGCACCUGCUGCAAGUGCUUUGACUCUAUCAAUUGCACCUUCAGCAACUCCUAGCAGUGCUUCAGCACCAGCGAACCCAGCGGGUUCUCAAAACCUCAUUCUCACAGUUGCGGCUAUUCUAAGCGCACUAUUACUGAUCGCAUUACUCUUGUUACUAUUCGUCUUCAUCAACCGACGGAAAAGGAAGCGCAUGGCAAAGGACAAAGCGACCUUGGCCAAAGAUUUAGAGAACUUCCCAAAACCAGCAACACCAUACGAGAGAACAUAUGUUCCAUAUGUCGUCGAGUUACCUAAACCACCAAAGAGCUAUGAGCAGAAGUUUAAAGCAGCUGCGGCACCUGAGGAGAGGGCAAAUCGUUACUUUGCACCAAGUACCAAGCCUGCGGAGAUGCACAUGGCUCCAAACUCGCAGCCAAUGGACAUUUAUAAACCACAACCAGUACCUCAAUCUUCGGCACCCUCAACAUAUCCAACUCGUGGAAAAGAACUACCUUCGCCUUUAACACCCGAGUCGCUACCCAUGUCGCCAGAUUCGAUGCCUAUGUCACCAGAAGGGUCAGAGAGAGGCUUACUAUCUAAAGUCAUUUCAUCACCUCCACGCGCAUUAUCUUUCCUACCUUCAUCUACCGAGCGCUAUGGAGGCUCAUUAUUCUCGAACCGAUUUUCGAGAUCCAAAGCUCCAAAAAUGGUUCCUGUUGCGCCACAACCUACUCCUCCGGCAGCUCCAAAAUUACCUACAUAUGUUCCACAAAAUAGACGAGCAACAUCACCACCAAGAGCACCAACUCCUCAUGUACAAGCAUCGAUACCGCCACCAGCUCCUUUUAAUGAGAUCGUGCCGGUGAAAAAUCAGCUGUCAAAUGCGCAGCUUCUGAUUAAAGCGAACUUUGAGAGAGCGAAGGAGGGCAAGAAGUUUGAGGAUCAGAGUCGUGGUCCUGUUUAUGCGAUGCCUGAUCAGAGAGAGCGAAGUCCUGCAUCACGCAGUGUAACAACUCAGAGGGAACAGAGUCCUGCUUCUCGUAGUAUAUUGAACCAGAGAGAGCAGAGUCCGCAACCACGGAGUGUACCGAUGCAGAGAGAGCAGAGUCCACAGGCUCGAAGUACAUCAAAGCAGAGAGAGCAAAGUCCUGCGCCUCUUGUAAUUCCCAGCCAGAGAGAAAGAAGUCCACAUCAAAACACCGGACUUGCACCCAGAGAUUGGGAACCACAACCUCCUUCGAUGCCUACUCAGAGGGAAAGAAGUCCACACCAUAAUAUGAUACCCCAGCAAAGAGAAGAAAGUCCAAGACCACAAACAGCUCAUGGACACCGAGAAAGAACACCACAAACUCAGAUGCCUGAACCAAGAGAUUGGGAACCACAAGCACGCUCCGCAUCUAGACAACGAGAGCGCAGUCCAGAAUCACAAAUGAUACCCAUCCACCGCGACUGGGAGCCCCAACCACCCGUCCUACCUACACAACGAGAACGAAGUCCACAAUCUCAUUCAUCACCUCAUCAACAACAACCCGCAAUAACCAACCAACGCGGUUGCUCUCCCCAUCACCACCAACGAAACAUGAGUAGUCGCAGCGGUCCAAUCACCACUGAACUUCCAUCUUCAAACGCUCCUUGGAUGUAA